GCAUCAAUGAAGUUGUUCCCUUUCAGACUACGGGAUAGCUUCAGACUGGGAAAUCCUAUGGGCUGCUCAGGACAGCUUCUAAGCUAUAAAAGGGCCGUACCUCACUUGUGAGCAUCUUAUAUGCAUCACAGUCAUCUCGUCAAUUCCUUCCUCUCCAUCAUUGCCAAACUCGGACCCUCUAGUAUACGACAACGCCAACGAGCAGAAGCACCAAGAUGGUUGCCCAUCCUUGCAUUCUCAUCAACGAAAGAGACGCCCUCAUAGAAACAAUUCGCAAGCAGAAAUGCUUCAUCUACCACUGCUCUACCGGACUAAAAAUCUUCGUCGAGCGUUAUAACGAGGUCGUCAAACAACUCGAGCAACUCCAGCAGAAAGAUACGGCGCAAGAGCAAGAGCAACAGCGACGGACAGCCACUGCCUAUCCUACUCCCCCUGGGCAGGCACAGAGCCCUUUCCCGAGCUCCAACCACCAAGGUAUCGAUGUCGAUGAUUUCGAUGAAAAUGAUUACCUACUUCCCGAGGGUUAUGACCCUGCUUACGUCUGGAAAUUCUACAGCGAAAGCGAGGAUGGUGAUAACGACGAGUACGAGAGCGAGAGUGAGGGUGAGGAAUGCGUCAAUGAUCACUUGCCGGAGCGCAUGUGCGUUAGACGUGACUGUCACCAGUUUGGAUUCUGUCGCGAGCACGAGUUGAGUGCUGCGUGUGUCUGCAACGGAGGCCAGUAG